CCAGAUUUGGACAGAGCGUCGCGUAAUUGGCGUCCACGCGACAUCCGAGCUCUGCUCAAGUUGUACAUAGCGUAUUUCGAAGCCCCUGGGCCGAGCCGCAGGCUUUGCCGGAACCCGAUUUGGACCAGAGGUUGGUCAAAUCGAGAUAAACAGGAGUAGCAGCCUUUUGACUCGCAGCUCGGCGAAGAUGUCCAUCGCCGACGCCGCCGGCGCCCUACGCCGCCGCAGACCACCGGUCGUGCGCAUCAACCUCGAACCAAAUGAAGACGCCUCGGACAGCGCCCAGUCGUCGCCGCGCGCGGCCUCCGACAGUUCGGGAGCGGGCCCAACAACAAACUCGCCGCGGAGCGAGAGCGAGAGCUCGCACGGCUCGCGGUCGGCGCAGUCGUCGCCGCGCGCGCCGUCGGCCGCCGGGUCGUCGCCGCGGUCGUUCUCGGAGCUGCGGGUCGACAUCCCGCGGGGCCGCGCGUCGCCGUCGCCGCUAGAAAGCUUUCUGAGGUCCGUCGUGGAGGCGCCGGCGACCCAAAGACCGCAAGAGAUAGAAGAGGAGGACGAGGAGGACGACGACGCGCUGGCCGUCGCUUCACUAAGAAGAGUAGCGCGCCACUUACGAGGUGGUAUGUCGCGCGAGGACUGCGCCGACGAACUGGAGCGGCUGGCGGCGAAUCUAGCCAGGACGCCGCUAGCGAGAGCAGCUCGAGCGCGCCGGAAGGCCAGCAAGAUGAUGAUCAACGGCCUGAGAAGAGUCGGGAAGCGCGACAAGGUCGUGUUCGAUGGCGUCUACACGGACGAGGACAGCGCCCGCGACGUCGUGAAGUGGGGGCCCUGGUCGCCCACAUUGCGACGCAUCUCCUCCUCCGAUAAUGUGAUAGCGACGCCCACGUCGGAAAGGCCACCGAGGAACUGGGCCGUGCACCCGAACAGUGCCUUCAAAAGACGGUGGGACUACCUGACGUCGCUAUUGGCGGUUUGUGUGGUCUUCAAGCCCGAGCUCCGAGCAUUGGCGGCGUUGCUAUUGGGUCUCGAAGCUCCCAAGAAGGAAGUUAUGAAUAUGUGGGCCCUGGCCUUCAAUAGAGCGGUGAACUUGUGGUUCCUCGUGGACGUGUGCCUGAACUUCGUGACCGGUUACGUCGAUAGGAAGACGGGGGUCCUUGUGAUGUCCAAAAGGAGAAUAGCUCAGAGGUAUCUGAGGACGUACUUUGUGCUAGACAUCUGGUGUGCUCUGCCUUUUGACAGAUUGGUCUUGCCGGCGCUGGUCGAGGUCGCGCCGCCCCAGAAGCCACUGAAAUGCGCUCCGGGGUCCUCAGAUAUGCUUCUGGUGGACUGCUUGCCGCGGCGGCGGCCGUUGCGAGCUUUUAGGCGAGCUUUGGGCUACGUGCCGCGCGUGUUGUCCUUCGCCAAAGGACGGGGUAGAUUACGCCAGGUCUUGGUUGGAGCUCCUACCAUAGUAGGCCACGUGCGGCGCUUCUUCCGGCUGCUACGGGCGUCGCGCGUCCGGCUCGUGAAGUGGCGCGCGCUGGCCGUUCUAGGGCGGCGCUACCGCAAGAACGCCAAGGCCUACUUCAACCGGCUGCCGUCGCCGUCGUUCUUACGAAGCCCGAAGGCCGUCUACCGACGGCUGACGCGGACGCCGGAUCAUGUGCCGUCGCCCGAAAGGCCACAGAUGCGUCGGAGCGUGACAAACCCUACGUGACCCUACCACUAAAACAUUUACCAC